GUAGUGGUGAUAUGGACUGGGUCAGCCUGAGUACUAUUAAACGGGAUACCAAGAGUGGUGAGGUUGAUAUCAUCCUCAAUUCUGUUUUGGAGCGAAGUUGGAGGCUACCCGAUACCACACCGCACAACUGA